AUGGCGUUGUUAUCGUUCAAGUCAUCGAUUAGUGAUCCAUAUGGAGCUCUAACCUCAUGGAACUCAACCUCCCAUUUCUGUAACUGGAGUGGAGUUUCAUGUGGGAAGCGGCAUAAAAGAGUGACUGUGAUACAACUAGACUCUAAAGGUCUACAAGGCUCUUUGUCUUCUCAUGUAGGGAACCUGAGCUUCCUUCAGGUGUUAUCACUUGGAAACAACAGCUUCCAUGGAACCAUCCCUCCUGAACUCGGUCGUCUUUCGAGACUACGUAUCCUUAACUUGUAUCAAAAUAAAUUCAACGGGGGCAUCCCUGCUAACUUGUCUGGUUGUUAUAACCUUGAAAAGCUUUGGCUUGUUUAUAAUGAACUAGUGGGUAUCAUACCUAUAGAGAUCAGCUUUCUCUCCAGACUUACCGUUCUUUCAUUGGGUGGUAAUAAUUUAACCGGAGGAAUCCCUCCUUUCUUGGGAAAUAUGACAUCAAUGGAAGUAUUCUCUGUUUCUGUAAAUCCAUUGGGUGGAACCAUUCCAGACACUUUAGGUCGCUUGAAUAUCUCAUGGUUAUUUGCUGGUGGGUGUAACUUAUAUGGAAGCAUCCCUCAGUCGAUCUAUAACCUCUCAUUCCUAACUAAUAUUUCUUUGGCAGAGAAUUACCUUACGGGUACUCUUCCUCCAACAAUUGGGUCAAUGCUUCCACAUCUUCUCAACCUUCAGUUACGAGAUAACCUAUUGUCCGGGCUUCUUCCCCCUUCAAUCUCUAAUUUUUCAAAAUUAGAUUUUCUUGAAUUGCGUAACAACAAUUUUAGUGGGAAGUUGACGAUUGACUUUGCAAACCUAAAAGAAAUUUCUAUUAUAUCUUUCUUUAACAACAACUUCAAUGGAGGUGGAGAAACAAAUGCAAUGAAGUUUAUCGAUUCUUUGAGCAACUGUAGCAAAUUAAAGAAAUUGGAUCUUGGUAAUUGCAACAUUCAAGGAGUGGUUCCCUUAUCAAUCGGUAAUCUUUCUCGUCAACUUAGUGAUCUAAAUUUACCAGGGAAUCAACUAUAUGGAAGCCUCCCAUCAAGUAUAGGCAAUCUAGUUGGUUUGACCUAUUUAGGUAUAAACACAAACCAAUUCAUAGGAAAAAUUCCCCUCACCAUUGGCAUGCUUCAAAAGCUUCAAAGAGCUUAUCUUUAUGAAAAUCACUUUUCAGGGUCAAUUCCAUAUACAGUAGGGAACUUAUCAAUGUUGGAGCUAAUUAAUUUAGAUUCUAAUAGAUUGGAUGGGGUUAUCCCACCAACUAUGGGGAAUUGUCAUCAGCUUCAAGGGUUGACCCUUGAUAACAACAAAUUAAGUGGCAAAAUACCUAAACAACUUCUUCAACUUACUUCUUUAUUCUUUUUAUAUAUUUCAAACAAUAGCCUCUCUGGUUCACUUCCAACCGAGGUUGAAGAUCUAAAAACUUUGAAUGGUUUGGAUCUAUCUCAUAAUUAUUUAUCAGGAAAUAUUUCGAGUAGCCUUGGUGGUUGUUCUAGCCUUACCCAUUUAUACAUCAACGACAACUUAUUUGAAGGCAUGAUCCCACAAUCAUUAAGUGAAGUUAGAGGACUUGCGGAACUCGAUCUUUCAAACAACAAUUUAUCUGGACAGAUUCCACAGUUUUUAGAACGGUUUUCUUUAGAGUAUCUGAACCUAUCCUUUAACGACUUCCUGGGUGAAGUACCGGUGAAAGGAGUAUUUUCCAAUAUAAGUGCAUUUUCUAUUUCGGGGAACAAUAGGCUUUGUGGUGGCUUGGUUGAACUUAGGUUACCCAAAUGCAAAAUGGUAGAGAAACAUAACAAAAGUUUCACAUUGAUCAUUAUAGUGAUUUUAGUUUCUGGUACGGUAUUUUUUGUAUUAUGUUUUGUCUAUGCUUGGUUUAAAAAGAAAAAGAAUGGCAUACUGUCUCAAUCAUCCCAUAACGAAAGGUUCUUAAAAGUUUCAUACGGUGAACUCCUGAAGGCUACCGAUGGCUUCUCUGAAGCGAACUUGAUUGGCCAGGGUGGCUCAAGCUCUGUUUAUAAAGGGACCCUUGAUUAUGAUGACAAAUUUGUUGCAGUAAAGGUUCUACAUCUUCAAAUUCGGGAAGCUCACAAAAGCUUUACAACAGAGUGUGAAGCAUGGAGAAAUAUUCGACACAGGAAUCUGUUGAAGAUAAUAACUGCAUGUUCAAGCGUUGAUUUUCAAGGAAACGAUUUCAAAGCUUUGGUUUACGAGUUCAUGCCCAAUGGGAGUUUACAUGAUUGGUUGCAUUCAAAUGCAUAUGCAAUUAAACUUGACCUACUUCAAAGAAUCAAUAUUCUCAUUGAUGUUGCAUGUGCACUUGAUUAUCUUCAUAACCAAUGUUUACCAACCGUUGUUCAUGGGGACAUAAAGCCUAGCAAUAUUCUACUGGAUAAUGAUAUGGUGGCCCAUGUUGGAGACUUUGGUUUGGCUAAAUUUCUUGGAACAAAUUUUAACCAAAAUAAUUCAUCUGGGAUUAAAGGAACAAUUGGAUAUGCACCUCCUGAGUAUGGUUUGGGGAGUAAGAGGACAAGUAGUGGGGAUGUCUACAGCUUUGGAAUAUUAUUACUUGAGGUCAUGACCGGGAAGAAGCCGACAGAUGAAAUAUUUAAUGAAGACCUUAGCCUUCAUAAGUUUGCUUAUGUGGCCUUGCCAGACCAAGUAAUCAAUGUUAUUGAUGGUAAUGUUUUUGCCACGCAAUGUACCAAAGGAAAUGCACAAAAAAUGGAAGAAUGUUUGGCUAAAACUGUCCGAAUUGGAGUAUCAUGCUCCGUAGAUUCCCCAUCACAACGGAUUAAUAUCGACACUGUUGUCCAUGAAUUGUUUCAUGUUCGAGGUGCUCUUGAAAAUCUUGAGGUCUAACACCAACCUUACAUGGCAGAGUUCAAAGGGCUAGAAUAAGGAGCAACUUUUAUGGUUAAAUACCUAUUACUUUGUUAUUUGUGUUA